AAAAACCAAGACGACAUUACCCAUACCCAAAAAAAAAAAAGAAAAAAAAAAGGAAAACUAAUUCUUUGACGUAUUUCUAUCAGGAAACUAAUUUCCAUAUCUCUCAUUAUAAAUACACACAGUUUUAUUAAGCCUCUUUAAAACCUUCUCUACAUCACAACAACAACAAAUUAAAAACCUAGUCUUCUUCUCUUCUCUUUGUCUUCCUCAAAAUUUCUAUAUAGGCUUCUUUCGAUUAAAUUUGGUAUUGAGAAAUAAGUAAUCGGGAGAAUAUAUCCAACGCUUCCAUUGAAUGAAUAAUGGAUCCAGAUCCUAAAAACAACAAUAUGUCUCAACCUAAUAAUCAAGCUAACAAUGAUCAUGAUACUAGGUUUACAAAGAUCUUUAUAGGAAAUUUAACAUGGAGAACAACAUCAGAUGAUUUGAUAACACACUUCGGACGAUUCGGAGAGGUUGUUCAUGCUAAUGUUGUUUGUGAAACUUAUCCUGGAAGAUCUAAAGGCUAUGGUUUUGUUACUUUUAGAGACUCUGAUUCUGCAGCUAGAGCUCUUGAGAAUAAGAAUCCAGUCAUUGAUGGGAGAACAACCAAUUGCCAAUUGGCUACUCUUGGUGCUAGGAAAAAAAUUAAUCCUCCUAACCAAAAUGGAUCAUUAUUGAAUCAGGUGAGACCACCGCAGCAAUAUCAGCCACGACCUGUACAUGUACCUCCUCUCCAAUGGGAUCCAUUUGCAGGACAAUACAUUUACAUGUAUAAUCACAAUGUGUUUCAUAAUCCUUACCCAACACACAUGACCCAUUGGCCCUAUGGUUUACCAUCCAUACCGCAGCACAAUUUGCAACAGACAAACAUGCGACAUGCCGUUGCUUAUGCGCCUCAAGAGUCAUCGGUUCAACUUAAUGAAAUCAUCAAUGAUACUGAUCAAGAAUCUGCGCCUCAAAGAUCAUCGGUUCGGACUGAAAACAUCAACGAAACUACUGAUCAAGAACUCACAGCGGAUGUUGCACAUCACGACAAUGAAGAGGCGGCUACAAAACCAGCUGGUGAUGUUGAUCAACCAACGGCAACCGAUCAAGAAGGAGGGAAAAAUGCAAGUGAUGAAGAAAGAAAGAUCAAUGACCAAGAAGAUAUCACCAAGCAAGAUGAUAUGUCGAUGAAGAGAUCAACUAAUGACAUCAAGAAUGAAAAGAUAUGUAAACAAGGGUGAGAAACACGAUAAACAAACCACACUUGCAUUACAAUCAAAUCUUUUCUUCUCUUUUCUUUCUUCUAUUAGCUUACAAAGCUCUUUUUUUUUUUUUACUUUCUAUUUCCAAUUUUUACUAUAGCUAGCUAGUA